GCGGGAGUAACUCGAUAAGAGCUAAGACAGAUUAGUGUCCUCCGUUCAUUUACGCGAACAGUCCCAACGCUUUGGGAUCUCAGUCUUACUUUGGACUUUGAAAUCAUUAGACAUUUCUUCUAUUCGAUAUAUGGAUUGAAACUCUUUAUCAUAAAACCUGUAGUAUCAAUAUUUAUUAAUAAAAAAGAAUUCGAAAAUUAAUUGUCAACAAGUAUAAUUCAUUAAUUUACAUACAUUUCUUCAUAAUAUUUAUCAUCUUUUAAAAUCGAGGCUACGUUAUCUCAUCGAAACUGUAUUUAUUCAAUUAUUUAUCAAAGUAAUUGUAAAUUUAUCAGUUGAAAUAAGAACACCAAGUUUUAGUCACUUAACUGGAGGUAGAAGCGCCUUAUUAUUCCUUUCAACAAGGUGGAUCAUUUUUAUGGUAUUUAAAAGUGAAAAGAAAAAAUGUCGACAAUUAUUGAAACUACAAAUGGUUGCGAAUAUAUCAAAAAAAGAAGAAAUGCCGUUCCCAUGAUUUACACAAGAGGCACGCAUUAUGAGAUUGGAUUUGACAUUGGUCGCAAAUUUGCAAAAAUGAUCAGCGAGUUUGUGGACUACUAUAAGCCAUUAAACGAAGUUUACUUGAAUGUUUAUAAUACAGAAGAAGGACGAAAGGUUUAUGAAGAAACUUUAGCUUGUGUUAAAGCGCAAUAUCCACAGUACCUAAGGGAAAUUGAAGGAACGGCUGAUGGUGCCGGUGUACCAUUUUAUAAGUUGUUUCUCAUGCAUCUUGAUGAUAUUGUUCCAAAUGUAGCGAACGGCAGAAGCGCUAGUACAAAACAACCUGUUGGCUGUUCAUCUAUUAUUUGUAAUUAUCCUGGACAGGAAAUCCUUGGUCAUAAUGAAGAUGCAUUAAGUGAAACAUUGAAUUAUUGGUAUAUUGUUUGUGCACAUGUCAUUGAACCUGGCUAUAGGGAGGAAAAAUUUUCUUCCCUUUCUUACGCAGGAUUUCUUCCUGGAUAUACAAUGGGUUAUAAUUCUCAUGGAUUAGUAUAUAGUAUUAAUACCUUAAGUGCUAAAACACUCAGAUCUGGAAAGACACCACGAUAUUUCUUAACUCGAGCACUCCUUGGGGUCGUAAACUUCGUUGAAGCUCAACAAACAUUGAGAAACAAAGGAUAUGGUUCUGCUGAAGGUUUUUCUGUAAAUAUGACCUUUUUAGAGCAAGAAGGAGACAGAAUGUUCCAUAAUGCUGAAGUUGGUCCAGUUGAAGAAAACUCAGAUGAAUCUUCAUUAAGUAUUCUUACUGCUAGUCCUGGAGAAAACAUUUUUCAUUGCAAUAAAUAUCUACGAUUAAAAAUACCCGAAGUGAACGACGUUAUUAUUCCAAGCAGCGAGCACAGAAUGGCAGCUAUUUUAGAGCAUCCAAAACCACGAACACGUCGAGAAGUUAUAGACAUUCUUAGUGAUCAAACUGGUAAAGAAUUUAGAGUUUAUCAAGAAUUUGGAGAUGAUGAUUACGUAAAAACAAUAGCAACAGGAAUAUUUGAUUGUGUCAAAAGAACAUGGUCAAUUUAUACUGAUAAACCAAAAUAUAAUGAACCACUUGUUGUCAUACCAAUACGUACCGAGUCACAAUAACUAAAGACUUGAUUAUGUACUGAUAUAAAAUAAUAAAAAUUUUCAGAAAUAAUAA